CCCGGCCAAAGAGCGACAUCCGAUGGCGGUGACCGUCACUCUGGAGAUGCUGAGAGCAAGGUAAAGCUAUAUAAACAAUGCAGGGAGCUGACAAAGAAUAAAGAAGAACGUGUAUAAGAUGUAAACGAAUCCGCCUAUUGGACAAGCUUACACUGGACUGACACAUAUGGCGGGAGAAGAGCCUUUCAGCGGGACGAGGGGAGCUUCACAUCGCCUGACGUACCUGUGAGGGGGUCCUGAACAUCGGAUGAAGUGGCGAGGGAGAAUGCGCCGUGAGGCUGUCAUGUAAGUCGUCUCCUCUGGGGCCAGCUCUCGGCGUACUCCGCUUUCUGCCUCAGGUAGAAGCGUUCAGUCUUCCUGCUGCCGAGGCGCCGGGCAGCACACGCUCCUCUACGAGAAGGCGACACUGGUCUGUCACAGAACAGAAAUGGAGAAGAGUUGCUCCGAGUGCUCAGAGACAACACUAGCACGGAGCUUGUGCACACUUUGCAACAAGUGGUUGUGUUACCAAUGCACAGAUGUCCACCAGCACCCAAGGGCACCAGUGAUGUCGCAGUACACAGACCUACUUGACCAGCGGCCAGAGCUGCAGCAGAGAGGCUCGGGCUCCAUUCCUACAACUGGGCCAGGUGCAGGGUCGUAUCCUUGUUCCCUCCUCAUGUGCCACUCUCAUAGACAGCAGCCCCUGGAGCUGUUUUGUGAGUCAUGUGACCUCCUGUGCUGCAGCAGCUGUCACCUGUCCUCACACAAAACCCACAGGGUGGUGCAGAUUGGGAAGGCUCUCCAGGAUCAGCGGUGGUUGUUUGAAAGCCUGAUGGUACAGGUAGAAGAGAGGAGGUCUGCAGUGGAAAACAACGCAAAGCAGAUAGAAGACAGGGUUCAUGGUGUCAAGAUUGCACACAGGAAGGCCGAAAACCAGAUUAAAAUGGCAAAGAUGAUCAUGAUGAAUGAGCUUAACAAACGAGCUAACCUAUUAAUAGAGCAACUAGAGAAAAUCUCUGAGGACUUUCAGCAGCGUCUGGAGGACCAGCUGCAGGGGGCGAUAGAGACAUGUGGCCAGCUGGACCAUGUGCAGAAAUUCAUCAAUUGGGCUACAACCCACCAUUGUCGGGGCCCAGUGCUCUUCAGCAGUAGAAUGAUUUCUCUGCAAAUCCAACAGCUGCUUGACUCCUCACUGCAGCCUGAUACUUGGAGUCCUGUCAAAAUCAAGUUCAACUGGGAUGCAAGCUACUGGACAAAGCAAAUGUCUUCAUUAGGCCAACUGACUGUAGAGGGUGGAAGCUGUCCCUACCCUCAGGGCCUGGCCUGCUCCACUGUUCUCAGGCCCCAGCCUAUCACAUGCUUGGCUCUGCCACCCGUGUGCCACAGAGGACGAGAGUCAGCCUGCGGGUACCAGAUGUGCUGUGAGCCCCAGGUGUGUUGCCUGCAUGGCAUCACUUCUCAGUCAGAUCUGGACAAGAGCCAGCUAGGACCUCCACUCUACAAUUCAAGCUAUGUUCCGUCUGCCGCUGUCCCUACUUCUCGGGUGCCGAGUCAGCAGUUGCAGAGAUGCUGGGACUCAAACGACUCCUCUGCUUUGCAAACAUCUUCACAAUGCCCUUCACCUUCACUUGUCCCCAUCAUGGGACCCAUCCAGAUGAAUUGUGGUCAUGCACCACAAGUAAGUGCAUCCCAGUCGCUGCCUGAAUCUCAUCUCUAUCACCAUCACCAGAGAGAGUCUCUUCCAGUCAGCCUUGGUCAGAUGAGUGCAGACCACCAGAGGUCACGCCAGAGCCAAAUGCACGACACGUGUCCUCACAAGUUGCAGGAGGCGCUCGGUGAUACAGCCGUUGACCAAGACGUCACGUCUGAGGAGAGCUGGGAGGAGCGAUGCAGAGCGGAGGAGAGUUGUGAACAAAGAGCCGUUGCUGAACAUGAAGAGACGCAGCCCGACAGAAGCCAGCCAAGUCCUGUCCAACAACAACAGAACUUCCAGGAUGCUCCAGAAGCAGAGAAGAGAAAAGAGCAGCAAAGGACGAGUCCUGCACAGACACUACAAGGUCAAACAAAUACCCGGAGAUCCACAUCCCUGGAGGUGUCUGUGACAUCCAACAAUUGCGGCUCUGAUGUACAGCUGUGCAGGCUCAGACCGAGUUCAGUGUGCGCUGGUGGGAAGCAGCGUUCCCAGAGCAUCCCUGCAGAGCUAACAUCAUCACCAAGUGGUUCCUAUUCUGAAAGGCCAACAGGAUCUACUCACAGCUGUGAAGCUGAAGUUGCAAAUACGUAUGCCAGUGUAGACCCCAAGCAGAGAAGAGCUUCAGAUGGUGUGCUUUGUGUUGUCAAGGAAACGUCAGCUGACAUCGUUAUUACCAGGAGCCGUCGGUUUCCGUCACUGUCCUAUAAAACAGAGCCAGAUCCUUCUUGCGUAAAUGAUGAGGCUCGUUAUGAUGCCAAGGAAAAGUGCAGUGUUUCAAGAAACAAUCACAACAGCUGCAGAGAUGCUGAAAGAGACUCUGGAAGAGCCAGAGUUCCAGUAGUUUGCCUUGAGCGCCUGAAAGUUCUGAUCUCUCAACUUCCUCCACAUGGAAGACGGCAGAGCGACCCUUUGCCCGCAAGCACGACGGAGAAGAGUGAAACUUUGCCGCAUGUACCACAAAAGGGGGUGUCUAGAAGCCCUGAGACCACAAAGACCCAGUCAGUAGCAGUGUCGCUGUAUACACACAAACAUGACUUGCUCACAGCUGACAGCGAGUGGGAUCCUUGUACACGGGCUAGCUCUCCUAAAGCAUCCACGCUGACAUCUGCUGACCCUCAGCGCAGUCACUCUACAGUUGAUGUUGACUCUGACUCUGAUCCCAGGUCAGUCUCAGAAGAAGCUGUUGUCUUUCAAAUAGACUCGCAACUCGACUCGGAUACAUCACCAGAGUUUUCAUCUGAGGCUGAAGUGGACGGUCCAGGCAAGGAGGAUCAAGCGCUGAAAUGCCGCAAAGGAACUGGCUUUGUGGAGGAAUCUGAGCCUAGUCUUGAAUGUGAUGUAGACCCAGAAUCAGCUUUCGAAGCUGGAUCAGAUGGGCUAAGAGGACUGGAUGUUGAUGCAGAGUCAGGUGCUGCAGACACAGAGUCAGAUGCCCAACCAGACUUUGACCCCAUAGUCCAGGCAGAAACAGAUUCAGAUCUUAUGUCUGAUCAGCAUCUGGACUCUCAGGGCUCUGUGGAGUCUGAACUUGACAUAGAAUCAGAGCACGAACAAACAACUGAUGACCCGCAACCUCUCCGCUCUGACUUAGAGGAAGAGUCCCCAAUUGGACCUGGUCAGAGGCCACUUCUGAUCGCAAACCCAAGGAGCGCAGAAGACGUUGAGGAGGACAACAUAGAAAUUGAGAGCGAGGACUUCUGUGCCGUGUGUCUGAUUGGCGGAGAGCUUUUAUGCUGUGAUCGUUGUCCAAAGGUGUUCCAUCUGUCAUGUCACAUCCCGCCUCUUAUGCGGUUCCCUGUAGGUGACUGGCUGUGCAGCCUGUGUAGAGAUGUUGUCCAGCCACUGGUCGAGUAUGACUGUGAGAGCAGAAGAACAUCAGGGGAGCACACAUCAAUUCAUGGCUUAUCUGCGUGUGAUCAGAGAAAAUGUGAGCGACUAACCCUCCUGAUCCUCAGCAACAUGCUGAGCGCUCCUUUCCAUGAGCCCGUCAGUCCACUUGCUCGUCAUUACUAUCAGAUCAUCAAGAAACCCAUUGACCUGUCUGUGAUCCGAGCCAAGCUCAACAAGAGGAGCACACAACAGUACAACUCACCUGACCAGUUUGUGGCUGACAUCUAUCUCAUGUUCAACAACUGUGCCAAGUUCAACUAUCCUGAUUCAGAGGUGGCGCAAGCAGGCCGCAGCCUGGAGGUCUUUUUCGCCACCAAGCUGAAAGAAGUUUUCCCAGGAAGAGUAUUCCCAUCACUUGAGAUGGACAGUGAUAGUGAUGAGUAUGACGAGGCGUACCGAGCAGCAGAUGGUGGAUUCCCCUGGCCAGAGAGGAAGGAGCAGUGCCACAGGAAGAGGAAGAGAAGACAGUCGCUUAAAUCAAGAAGAAAUCACUUCUAACUUGUUUUUUUUUUUUUUGAGGAAUGUUUGUGUUUUGGGGGCGGCACGGUGGGCGAGUGGUUAGCGCGCAGACCUCACAGCUAGGAGACCAGGGUUCAAUUCCACCCUCGGCCAUCUCUGUGUGGAGUUUGCAUGUUCUCCCCGUGCAUGCAUCCGUGCAUGGGUUUUCUCCGGGUACUCCGGUUUCCUCCCACAUUCCAAAAACAUGCUAGGUUAAUUGGUGACUCCAAAUUGUCCAUAGGUAUGAAUGUGAGUGUGAAUGGUUGUUUGUCUAUAUGUGCCCUGGGAUUGGCUGGCGACCAGUCCAGGGUGUACCCCGCCUCUCGCCCCAAGACAGCUGGGAUAGGCUCCAGCACCUCGUGAGGAAAAAGCGGUAAAAAAAUGAAUGAAUAAAUCAAUGUUUGUGUUUUUAUUAGGCUGUGCUGCCUCAAUCCCAGGGUUUGCGACAGUACCUGUGAAAGGAUUGCAUGUUCUCCCUGUGCUUGCAUGGGUUCUCCCCGCGUAUUCUGGCUUUUUUCCCCAUUUUUGUGUGGAUAACUGAAGGCUAUAAGUGUGAAUGAUUUGUCUAUCGCUAUGUGUCAUCUCUGUCAUGUGACUGGUGAUCAGUAGGCUGUCGCUGACCGUAAUGCCCCUUUUCCACUGCAUGGUACCCACUCAGACCACCAAGGUUCUACUCACAAUUGUAGCGUUUCUACAACUUCCAGUUAACAGUAGGUACUGUUCUUAAUGUUCUAUAUACCAUAAUUUCCGGACUAUAGAGCGCACCUGAUUAUAAGCCUCACCCACUACAUUUUUAGAGGAAAACCGAUUUUGUACAUACACAAGCCGCACCUGUAUAUAAGCCUCAUGUGCCCACAUUAAAACAUGUAAACAUAUUUACAAAGUUAGACAGUACACAGAGAGAGUUUUCAACGUUUUAAUAAUAUAACUUAACAAUAAUAAUAAUAUAACUUUCUUCACAAACAGUGCCUGUGACGCGGCAGUAAAACGGUAGCAACAUGCUAACAACACGCUAGCAACACAAUAGCAACACAGUAUAACAGGUCUGGUAAAACAGGUCUGGUAAAAGAACAUACUGGUAAAAAUCACUUUAAGCCGUCUUCAUCUUCCCCUGAAAGCUGCGUCAUAUGCCUUUUUUUUGCAUUUUCCAUGAUGAGGGUAUGUUCACGCUAAUUUCAUUUAUGCACAAGACAAGAAGUUGCAGUCUUCCUCGACGCAUAUAUUCCACCGGUCUUAAUCUUAGCUUUUCUACUCAAGAGCCCCUGGCGGCCGUUAGAAGAAUUACAUGAAUUGGACGCAUCACUGAAAAAGCCGCAGAGUUGAAAGUUUUGGGAAAAAAGUAGUGGCUUAUAGUCCGGAAUUUACGGUAGUAGGUGCUCCAGGCAUGUAAGUCCAACUAUUUGGGUGAAGUAAACUACUGCUGGUCAAUCAUUGGUCAAACUGACUUGUCAAUGACACAUCACUUUAGGAUGCAUGGCUAGAAAUGACAUAAAUACACAUAUUCGUUCACCCUGUUGUUGUGCCUUAGAGUUUUGACGCUGCAGGAUUAUACUCCGUAGUCUCCACUUUGUUGCAGUGGCCCAUCUUGCUGCCCUCAAGCCCAAUUCACAUCAGACGCGUAACGUCGCGAGCAUGGCGAUCAAUAUCAACAACUUUAGAUAUUGACGCUAAUUUAAUCAAGUACACAUAAUCAUGUGUACUUUUGUUUCGUGAGCACAUGUACACAAUGAAUUGAAGUACAGAAACGUGUACUUAGACAAUAUAGUUAAAUACAGCUGUAUUCCAAAAAUGAGCAAAGAAGCGACAUCAAGACUUAACGCACUUGAUGUGAAUUUGGGGUCAGUUUCCUCUUUGUCACAUUCAUAUCUAUGUUGUCGUUAGUCUCUUUUCUUGAUGUGUUUAAUGCAAAUACAGUAAAUACAGUAAACAUAACAUCAACACAAGGUUGUGGUCUGCAAUAAAAUCAUAUUACUGUCAUCUGAUGGCAGGGAAUUUAAUAGCAUCUAAACUGACGUGGAACACUUACGAAAAAAUAGGCAACAAGCAGGAAAUUGAGUUAGCGUUUUACGUCAUGUAUUAUAAAGCACAAUUGUAACUACUACAAAUUUUAUUUUGCCCCUCGAUGCACUAAGAAUCUCUUGCCUCCAUCUACCUGGUGUGAUACUUUGAGGUUUGCUUUUAUGUACAAGAAUGCUGCAGUUGUAUGUUUGCAAAAAUGUGUCUUCAGAGUGAACAGCUUCUCUUACAUUCAUGACAGCACUUUGAUAUAUCGCAUUUACUGCCUGAAGAAAUGCCCGCCAUGAUAUAAGUGUACUUGUAAAGCCGUAGACAAAAUUGUCUUAUUCAGAUUGACAACAGUAAUUGUUUUAAUAGUUGCUAAAUUAUUGUAAGCAAUUGUCAAUAAUGUUUUUGGUGGUGUUUUGUAUAUAGACGUCAGUCUUCUGUUGACCGGAACACAGUUGAUAAUAUGUUAUGUUACAUACUAUACCCUGUGGUAUAUAAAGAGUGCACAAAUUCUAUACAGUAUACAUAUUACAGUAUAUUUACUCAUAUGCUGGCCUCCAUUUUAAUCAAUGGCAUAGUUACGUUAUGGACCCAAAUAAAAGACAUGCCUGCCUAUAAUAUGACCAAUAGAUGGUUAUAUUUGUGGUAAAUCAUUUUGUAAUAUAUCAUUAUUUAAUAUUCUAAAAUGUAUUGUGCAAAUAAACAGCCUCCACAAUUAAGACUGGGUCCUCUUUGUAAUUGAAUACAAAAAUAAUAUAUUCCUAGCCAUUAUAUGAGGAAAUAUUAGCUUGUUAAAUAAAAUGUAUAUAUUUAGUAUCACAUGAGGAUUUUAUUAGUGAUGCAUUUAAACAUUGCAGGCAAGUUGUUGUCUUCCGUAUUAAAAUGUUUUGGGUUCUUCAGUAUUGCAUUAAAAAAUGCCCAGUGUCAAGUAUCUCAGGCUUAGGAUAAGUUACUGAUAUUCUUUAACACUAAUUGUGUAUGUCACUCUCAUUUCCAUGCAUUUCCACAUUUUUCAUAAGGCAUUAGUAAUUGGAGUGCAUUUAUUUUUGUGUUAACUUGCUUCCUUCUGCUUAUAAUAUAUGCAGCUUUACACUAUUGCACAAUAUUGCCAGUGUGUUCUAUCAUUAUUAGUAGCCUACUGUAUAUACAUCUGAAAUUAACAUGUUUACUCUUGUAUGAAGACAUAGUCUAACCUAUGACAAUAAUAAUGUUUAGGCCGAGUUACCAUCACCAGGAUUGGAUGUUUAUUUUUAUCUUUUUUUUUUUUUUAAAGUGAGCCGUAAAUGCACAUACUAAUAAAAAAAAAGAAUUAAUGUCAGCUGGAGCAUUCUUUAAGAUCACUUAAUGUCUCCUAUAGGCUCCACAGCAGGGGUGCUCACACUUUUUCAGCAUGCGAGCUACUUUUAAAAUGACCGAGUCAAAAUGAUCUACCCACUACAAAAAUGCAAAACAUCUAUUUAUUUUCAAAUGUAUUGAGGAUUAUUUGUACGUACAAUGUAUGUUGAUGUACCUUACAUAACCAAAUGAGCCAAUAUUGCAAAACACACAUAAUUAACUAUUAAAAUUUUUUGUAAUUA